AUCCCACCCAAUCCCUUCUAAUCCCACUGCCCAAACACGCCCUUAGUACUCAAAUCGACGGAUUAGGAUUAUCCGUUCAUCGAUCUAUGCUACUGAAUAAACGACGGUCGUGAUUACUGGAGGAUGGGUUCUACUUGUGGGAAGUGAAAACCCGAUUUUCUCGGAGAAAGCCUCGGGCGAGGAUUCCAGAGUUCGUAUAUAGGGGUUUUAAAACGCCAGGAAGCCGUUGUUUUCAUCUGCCUUACACGCGGGAUGCUGGGACUUUCGUACGGCGAGCUCUUCCUCUUACUCGGAGCAACCGCAGCUCUCAUCGGACCUAAGGACCUACCGAUCAUAGCUAGAACGGCAGGGAGGUUAGCUGGGAGAGCGAUUGGGUAUGUUCAGAUGGCACGGGGGCAGUUUGAUAGUGUUCUACAGCAGUCCCAAGCUAGCCAGGUCCACAAAGAACUUCAAGACACUAUUGCACAAUUGGAAGCAAUUCGCUAUGAAGUCCGAAGCCUAUCAAUCAUGAAUCCUGGGCCAUUGACAAGGAGGCUAAUGGAUGGCACAGAUCAUGCAUUGUCUACAAAUGGAAAAAAUAUCACUGUGAAACUUGAUGAAGAGCAGCGGGCAAUAGACACCAUCUCUAAGGAUCAAAAUGCAGCUAGUGUAAGUUCAGCUAGUCUGCAUAGCCAAGCAGUGGCAUAUGCAAGAUUGGCUGAAUCCUCAACUCUAAAGGCUGCCUCCUUAAACAGUGGUGAAGAUGUAGAGAAGCUCAAUGGUCUUUUCCCAGUUCUUCCUGUGUCUGCUGAAAGCACUGGUUUACUACCAAAUUGCCACAAUGAUGCAAAAGGAUCGGAUAUCAUGCUAGAAGCAAUAGUGGAAGCAGAAGUGGCACACAAUGCCCAACACUUUUUUGCACAACCCGAAAAUCAAAUACCAAGUGAAUGAAAGGGUAACAUCCUCAGUCUAUCUAAUUCUGGCUCUGCUUUCAUCACAAGAUAUGUCAUCUCCGAAGCCGUGCUUUGAUGCUGCCUUUUGGAUUUGAGAUGUUACAAGGACAUCUGAUCAGCAGUGGCCCAUUGCUGGUAUCAUCUAUGCAACCAAAGUUCUGCAAAUUUCUGUCAAUAUGUUUUACGAUCUGAACUGUAUGUAUUAUUGCAUGACAGCAGUGGAUGAAAUCAAAUGGCUGAAAGCCUUCAAUCGUUUUCUUGUUACCUUUCUUUCUGGGCUAGAUGAUAGUGCACCUUUGCCCAACUCAAGUUCUGACAACUCAUCACAUAUUUGCAAAUCCUGACCGUCUGUACCUUGUAGUUAUUGCGGAUGUAUUGUAGCCUGCAGAUAAAACUGAUCAUGUGAUCUUCCCCAUCAUAUUUGUAUUUGAAUUGGGUUGACCACUUGGAGGGUUGUAAUCAUAGUUACCAGAGUGACACAUGGAGUGGGAAAUGAUAGUGAAACGAAUGCUGAAAUGUCCUAUUUUAGUUCAGUUAUAACAGUAGUUAGCCAGAAACUUGAAAUGUAUAUGCAGGAAAUGGUAGUGGGAAAGGUGUGAGGAGAAACGAUUUCCUGGUAACCAUGAUUCAAACUGUUCCAUAAGUGUAACAUUCAGCCUAUGAUUCAUCUACAAUGGAACCCACAUUUUGGAUGGUCUA